AUGUCCGCAUCCGACGCCGCUGCAGGCGAUCACGCUGGAUCCACGGAGGUGGACGCGCUCACGCAGGCGACGCAGCAUUCACAUCGUCCCAUCGAGCUCGAUGGGAGCGGCUCGCAGUCAGCGUCUGUGGACACCGCCGCGGCCACCAUUCCCGCGGCCCUGCCGAACCUGAACGGUGGGAACUGCUUGCAGGUCUCAGCUCAGCCGUUGUCGCAAGACACACUCAUGGAGAUCAUCCGCAAGCAAGAGGAGGCGCUCCGCCAGAUGAAGGAGCAGAUGGCCCAGGGGCAGCGAGACCAGCAGUCUCAGCCGCCCAUGCAGAUUGAGGGCUCGGCGAACGUUGCCCACCAAGCCCCCCCGCAGCCACCUUCGCCUCUGCAGCAGGUCGAGGUCGUCGAAGUGCAGGACUCCAGCCCCGAGAGCAACGGUGUCGAGCAGAACUUACCGACCGAUGACGAGGAGCUGCUGCGGGCGAUGGACGAGUCUGCCAAGAGCGAGGCCGAGAAGGUUGAGCAGGAGGAGAAGCUCCGUCAGGACAUGAAUAUGGCUAUCAAUCUCUCGGAGGAGGAUGCGAGGAAGAAGGGGGUCGAGGUGCCAGCAGACCGCGACCCAGAGGCAGCCGCGUCCACGGACCCGCAGGGGAGCAAGGUCUCACGCUUGCCGCAGCCAGAGCCAGCUAGCUCGGCAGGUUCGAGUGCGUCAGGCCAGUGCCAGGACGCUCAGGGGCCGCCGACGGCGAGCCAGGUCGAGGAGCUGCUGCAGAAGGCGGUCGCCGAGCAGAGGGAGCGCCAGCUGGAGGCCCAGGAGCAGGUGAGCGCGGGCGGCUCCAAGCGGGAGCGGCAGCCCGAGAUCCCCCCGGCAGAUUUGGAGACGUUGCCGUUCGAGACGCCGCCCAAGACCAGGAAGGAUCACUUCUUGGCGCUGCAAGCUCGGAUGAACAAGGUCGAGGACCGCCAGGUAGGAUCAACUAUCCCACCGACGCUGACAAUUAAGCUCACUGCCAGCGGUGAGGACCAGCUGACACUCUCGGGCAAGGUCGACGAGCUGGCGACCCACGCCAUGCUGAUGGAGUGCCUCCAUUCCGACGAGCUCGGCAGCUUUGUCGAGGAGAGAGGCUUCACCGUCGAGAGCAUGGAUGCCAAGCACUGCGCCGUGAAGUUCGGCAGCGACGCGAAGGUCGACAUGCCAGGCCAGGAGGAGGCAGUGGAUGCAGCCAUGGACAAGGCGCUCGACGAGCUUGACACCAGCCAGUGGAACCCGAAGGCCCAAGCAGAACACCAACUGUGGCAGCGGACUCGGGCUUCAGGUUUCAACUUCAACGCGAAUGGGGCCAAGGGGAACCCGAUGGCCAGUCGUUUCAGGCGGGCGUGCGAGAAGGAUCCUGACGGCCUCGGCGCUGACUACAAGGCGAAGGAGGGGGGCACUGAUGAGGCCGCGGCGUUCCGUGCCAAGUGGGCCCGCGAGAAGUACGGCAACUACCGCGAGGGCAAGAUCAAGAGGGAGACGUACACCAAGACGUCGUGGAAGCAGGGCCAAUACAUCCCAAUUGGUAGAGUUGCGCAUCUGGCGACCAGAAUUGCCAUACAGCGCCUGCAGCUUGGACCUCCUUGGUUCUACUACGACAGCGUGACGAAGUCGAUCCGCAUCCUCUAUGUCACCGAGGGCUACAGUGAGGCAUUCGAGCAGGCGUGGAUCAAGUACCAAGAGUGGGCAUCGGACGAUGUGGAGUCUGCGGUCACGAAGAGGCGCCGCCUGGAAGGGCGCAUGGGCACGCAGGCUGAGGGUCCAGCGCUCGCUGCGUCGGCACCCGUGGAGGACAAGGGCAAUGCUGCAGUCGCGGGAGCUGGAGUGGACAAGUCGAAGACCGUCCCCAUCGAGGAGGAAGCACGCACGAGCACGAAGCGGCACGCAAGUAGCAAGGAGACGGGCAGCGGCGCACCUGAGCCAGAGCCUGCAACCAAGAAGCCAAAGAGAGCAACUAAAGGUCAACAUGCUCAGGCUCCACCAGAACCCAGAGCGGCGGACUCGAUCAAGGAGCUCAUGGUUGCCGCCAAGAAGACGAUCAGCAAGUACCAGCAGUGCUUGAGCCAGUGUAUCACGAUCGAGAGGAGCAUCAACAAGGACCCGAAGUGGAAGUGGGGCUCGACCGACAGCGACGCCCAGAAUCUCCUCGCUGACUACGACAAGAUGAACGAGUUCCUGGCCCAGGAGAGCAACGUGAAUCGGCUCAUCACCGAGGACCUCGGCAAGGUGCGCAAGAGCCUCGGCGACCUCGACUUCUCGGCGGCGCUCCAGAAGCUCCAGACAUUGGACGUAAUGGUUCAGGGCCUGAUGACUCUCUCGGGAACGGUGCAGGAGAUCUUUGCUGUGAAGUGCAGCAAGCACUAA